AUGCAGUCAGACAUGCCUGGCUGUGAGAUGGACCUGAAGCUGCGCUACAGACUGACCCUGGUGUCAGGGAUGGUGGAGUGUCUUUGCUUUGCAGGAGUCGUGUUUGGUUACGCAUCGCUGGUGUUUGUUUUGAAGGAGGAAGGAUACUUCAGGCAGCAGUGUGACACUGCUGUGAAUGCUUCAGACUGCACCCAGCAGGAUGAGAAGUUCUCUCUGGUUUUUACUGUCGCAUCUUUUCUCAACAACUUCCUCACGUUGUUCAAUGGCUACGUUUUCGAUCGCUUCGGCACCUUGGUGACCAGGCUGCUGGGAAUAUCUCUCUACACCACUGGUACUCUCCUCAUUUCAUUCUCCUCUGCAGGCAUUUCAGAGGUGUUAUUUCCUGCUCUCUCCUGCAUUGCUGUGGGAGGAAUGUUGCUGCUUCUGAGCAACAUGCAGGUGGGAAACCUGUUUGCUGCUCACCGCUCUACCAUCAUCACCCUCUACAACGGCGCAUUUGAUUCCUCAGCUGCUAUUUUUCUCAUCCUCAAGGUUCUGCAUGAACAUGGAGUCCCUCUUUACUCCUCCUUCCAUGUUCUGUCUGUCUGUUCUGUGGUUCACCUGGUUCGCACCUUCCUGCUGCUGCCCCGAACCCGAAUCCCCUAUCCACUGCCUCAGAGCUACAGCUACGGAGUGACCUGUGCCAAAUCGGACUCGUACAAUGUGGAGCAUCUGGGGACUGAGAAGGAUGCAGUGACCACAGCUCUACAGUCUAGAGAGGCAGAAGCUGAGGAGGAGGUGAUGAUCAAAGACACAUUAAACGUGAGAAGCUUCUGGAGUUGUGUGCUUUCCUGGCUCUUUGCAAGACACUUGGUGUGGCUGUCCAUCAUGCAGCUGAGACACUACCUCUUCAUCGGCACGCUGAACCCCAUGCUAAACCGCCUCGGUGGAAAUGACCCGGACCUUGUGAGCCAGUACACCAACGCUUUUGCCAUCACGCAACUGUGUGGGGUUCUCUGUGCACCGUGGAAUGGUCUCAUCAUGGACCGACAUAAGGACAAACCUUUGGCUCCAGGAGACACAGAGCAGGAGGCCGAUCUGCGCUCCUCCAGCCUCUCGCUGCUGCUCACUGCUGUGCAGUGCCUGCUCUUCUCGGUGUGCGCCUCCAUCCCCCUUUUGAAACUCCAGUACAUCACCUUCAUCCUGCAGGUGCUCAAUCGCUCCUUCCUCUAUGGUGGAAACGCAGCCUUCAUCAGUGUUGCUUUUCCAGCAAACCACUUUGGGAAGCUGUACGGCCUCGUGAUGUCCAUGUCAGCAGUCUUCUCUCUGCUGCAGUAUCCCUGUUUCGCACUCAUCAAAGGGCCACUGGGCGGAGACCCCCUUAUUGUCGAUGUCACGCUGACGCUGCUCACUCUGGUCGUCUUCAUUCAUCCCAUCUGCGUCUUCUUCCACUGCAGACAGGGUCACUGCCAAAGGGAUGCCAGCCAGGCCAAAGAUACAGCCUGAACAUUCCAUCAUACACAUAUAAGCCUGUUAGAUGGAAGUGUCAUCUUUUGCAGGUGCCCUUUCAGGGAUAGCUGAUUUGCCCACCUGUUUAUCUCACUUUAUUCCCACCCUCCAGCUGCCUUGAUUUCUAUCUUCAUUGUCUACACCUCCAUUCUUCAGCCUGUCGGUCUACCUACUGUAUGUGCACCUCCAGCCCUCCAUCCACCACCAGCCUUGCUGUCGCUAUGACUAUUACUCGACCUGUAAUUCACAACUGUUUAUCAGUUACUCUCACUGUAACGACAUCCCGCUGUUGUACUCAUCCCACAAUGUCUCCACUGAUUUACAAGUAGGA